AUGGCUGCCCGCAGCGCCGCUCUCAAGAUCGACUGGGUCAAGGUGACCAGCUCGCUCGGCCUCCGCGGCCAAACCGCCACCUCCCUCCAGGCCUUUAAGAAGCGUAACGAUGAUGCGCGCCGCAAGGUUCAGGUCCUGUCCGAACAACCUCAGACUAUUGAUUUCGCCCACUACCGCAAGGUCCUGAAGAACCAGGCCAUCGUCGAUGAGAUCGAGAACCACUUCAAGACCUUCAAGCCCGCCACCUACGAUGUCAGUCGUCAGCUCAAGGCCAUUGAUGCCUUCGAAGCCCAGGCUGUCCAGAGCGCCGAGCAAACCAAGGGCAAGGUUGAAUCCGAAAUCCGCAGCUUGGAGAAGACUCUUGAGAAUAUCGAGACCGCCCGGCCAUUCGACGAGCUCACUGUGGACGAGGUUGCCGCGGCUCAGCCCGAGAUUGAUGAGAAGACCUCCUCGCUGGUCUCCAAGGGUAGAUGGAUGCCGGCCGGAUACAAGGAGCGUUUCGGCGAUAUGUCCGUGGUUUAA